AUGGCCAAAUUAACCGAUUUACCAGCCGAGCUGAUCCACAGAAUAAUAGAGGAUAUCCUCCAACCUGACCACACUCCCGAGGGACCUCGGGAAGCAUGGGAUGGCAGGCUCAUUGAUCAAGACUACAACGAAGGCCAUCAUCUGCUGGACCACAACGGACACUAUGAGGACCCAGACGUAAGACCUCAUCACGAGCUGGAAUAUCGUGAGCCUACUCCUCGGACGUAUGAACGCGACCAUCGAGUUACGCCAGUUCUACGCCCAGAUGUCUCAUGGCCGCAGGGCCUUCCUUCCAAUCCUCUUUUGCCGCUGUCAUUGGUCAGCCGUAACUUUCGAAGAUGUGCCCAAGAGAUACUCUUCAAGAAUGUGCCUCUGCUGAGCACACGUCGGGCGAGCUUAUUCCUCCAGGCGCUCAAUGGUCUAUCCCCACAAGAUGAAUCGAUCCACAUACCGGGUACAAGUAUCGGCAGUCCAGACAAGCGGAACGCACGUCAGGAGGGCCAUCUUAGCAGACUCGCCCAACAUGUCCGCACCUUACAGCUCAGAUGCAUCGGUCCUUGUUCAAUGGACAACGUGCCGAAGGGAGGCGGCUCUGUGUUUUGCGACAUCAUCAGGAGCUGUCCGUUUCUCGAAAACGUCGCAAUCAGGACUACCUUUGCAAUUGACUGUAGAGAGCCACUCCUGGACGCCCUCGCGAGUCUGCGACUGAUCAAAGAGUUUGUUAUCAUCAACAAUAACAGCGACGGGUCUGGCUUGAGCUUCCGAUGGAACGUCGAGGACCUGCUCGGUCGAUUAUUCCCUCAUUGGCCCUUCCUCAAGACGGUCGACUUGGCCGAGCUCGCAAGUUCCUCGGAGGAGAAGAGUCAGACUGGCACCAUCCAGGAGCCUAAGUUAAACUGUGCCCUCCGAACAAUGAUCUUAGAAGAUCCUGAUAUAGACGAGUAUGAGCUUUCAAUGCUUGUGAAAAGCUUUCGAGACAGCAUGCGGACUCUUGAAAUCAACCGCCCGGCUUACAGGAUCGGCCGGGCCGGGAUAUGUCGGAUACUGAAAGACUGUACGAAUCCGGAGCUAGAAUCCUUGAAACUUGACUGGCCUCACAACGAACAGCCGUUCUCAUCGAUCCCGGAUGUUAUUGAUUCCGAUGAUCCAGUCACGAGCCUAGCGCUACUAGAUAUCCUCUUCAAGUCCCCCUUCGCACUCAGGGAACUCAAGUCUUUGUGCUUCAGUGGCACCAUUGCAACACCCAAGUUGUUUGAACGCUUGCCUGACUCAAUCAUCAAAAUUGCCUGGGGAAACUGUGUCGAGAUCUCUUUCACUGCGUUCGACAAGAUACUAUCGAACGAAAAAUUGUUACCCAAUCUUGAAUGUUAUUCAAUCCGAACCCGCCGCACGCGGGACAUGGAAGCGGAAAGUUUCAGCGGACGAGGGCUAUGUUCACAGAGAGAACGUGAAGACGCUUCCGACUCGGAGGAUGAGAGCAUGGAAGCAGAUGCAGCGAUGAAUCCAUAUUGGCAACACAUAAUGGGCAUAAUUGAUGCAGAGCUUGCUAUGGGUAACAUCUGA